GAGGAUAAGAAGAUACGCUAUCGAUUCAGUUUCAGUUCAGUGUCGCACAUUACACUGAUUAUGAAAUAUUGUCUGAUAAAGGAUUAACAGCUGAUUCAUAGAAUAAAUUUGUCCUCUGAUAUAUUAUCUUUCAUCAUAACGUAACCUUUGAGUAUCCAACCACUACAUCUGCCGUUAUUCCAUUUUUUCUAUUAUCAGUAUUAGUCGAAUAGAAGUGAUGGUUGCUCGUCGGACAUGACAAGUUAGCCUUCGUGGCUUUCCUGUUUGAUAAACUGUCAUGUAGAAAUGCUCCGAUUAUCACCACACUGUUAGAUACUUUAAUUGUGCAGUACAAAUGCAGUCAACAGCGUGCAAAUAAUAGUUGUGUGCAUUAUGUGAUAAAUAAUUGAAUUAUACAGUUUUAAGUUCAUGUUUUGUGAUUGUAAACAUUAACCCAUACUCGUAUCCAGGUAUCAGCAGGUCUUCCGUAAUGACUGCUUAUAACAGAGGUGCACCAGGUAUAUCAGGAAAUGCCUUUGAUUGUUGGGUUCAGAAGUCUAAUCUGCAUGAUGAUUCUGCUAUAACAAAAAUGCAACAUCAAUUCUGGGUGACAAAGCAGGUUUUGUCUCGGAGAUUAGGGAAAAAAGAGGACGAAUGUAUAAUUGCUUCAGAUGCUGAACUGGACGCAAAGCUAGAAUUGUUUCGCAGUAUCCAAGAAUCUUGUUCUUACUUACAAAGGGUUAUUGACAGAUACCAAGAAAGAUUAUGUAAUUUAGCUCAGGAGGAAAAUGCAAUGGGACGUUUCUUGAAAGAUGCUGGGAAACAAGAUAAAACUCGUGCUGGUAAAAUGAUGUCAGCAGUUGGAAAAUCUUUAUCUUAUUCAGGUCAACAAAGGCUUGCAUUGAGAGCUCCUUUGGGUCGAUUGUAUCAAGAAGUAGAAACAUUUAGGCAAAGAGCUAUUGAAGAUACAUUACAAAAUGUGCAAGCGAUGGAAAAAGCUCGCACAGAAUAUCGCGCUGCUUUGUCAUGGAUGAAAAAUAUUUCUCAAGAUUUAGAUCCAGAUACGUCCAAACAAGUAGAGAGAUUUAAAAAAGUUCAAGCACGUGUGAAACAGGGCAAAAUAAUUUUUGACAAUCUGGCUCUUGACUGUCUUCAGAAGGUUGAUUUAUUAGCUGCAGCAAGAUGUAAUAUGUUCAGUCAUGCCUUAGUUUUAUACCAAACCACACUCCUGAAUUUUACAAAGAAAUCUGCACAAGCAUAUUCUACGAUAGCAAACAGCUUCAAAGGCUAUCAACAUUUUGAUUUCACAGUUGUACGAGAACUGGCUGAAACUUCUAGUAAAUUGGCACAAGAAACAGGUGGUGAUGAUGAUCCAGAAAAGGAUAAAUUACCAUUUUUCGAUAUGGAUUAUCAUGAUGAUAUUGAAGAGGCACAAGAAGCUACUACAAAUUCAGAAAGUACAUCAGAGAAAACUAAGCAAAGUGAGAAGCUCUUGGAUAUAGAAAAUGAGUCAAAGGAUAUAUUAAUACAGUUAGAUACAACUACAAAUUCUUCGAGGAAUGGAAUUGUGCAUAAUACUAAUGAUACGGAAAAUGAUAAAGGUCUUGAAGAAUUCUUUGGAAAUCUAAUAUUAGAAAAAGGAGUUUCUAAUAAUACUGAACAAUCGGUUACAAAAUCCGAGGAAAAUACUCAUUCCAUGUUUAAGAAAAAUUCCGAAGAGCAGAAGAUAGCAAUGGAUAUAUUUGAAGAAUGCAGUAUGGAGUUUAAUUUAGCUGAUUUACCAUUAUUGUCAUCAGAAGCUCAACAGCAGCAAUCAUUAAAUUUAUUAGCUUCUGAAAGUGCAGCACUAUUUGAUGAAAUUUUGAAUGAUAAGCAACAAUGCACAAACAAUGAUUGGGAAGGCAUAUCGAAUGAUACUUUUCUACCACCAAACAUUCUGAAACAGAGUUUAGGAGAUGCAGCGCUAGGUAUGGGACAGAGAAGUACCACAACUAAUAACAUGGAUGACAAAAAAAAGAACAAGACUGGAAAGCAAAAAGGUAACUCGUGGUUGGACUUAUUUGCAGAAUUGGAUCCAUUGGCUAAUCCAAUGGAGAAUCUUUCUGGUGAUAGUAAUGCUUCUGCUUAAUUCAUAAUGCAUUUUAACAGUAAUAUUCCUGCUACUCUGGUUACUUGAUAUUUUUAACAAUAAGGAAAUCUGAUCAAGUUAUCAUUUGUUGUUAAUGAAUAUUAUAAUGCAGUGAAUGCAUAAUUUAAUGUUUUCACUUGUACAAGUUUGUAUCAGUAUUUACCAGUUUGUAAACUUUUAAAUUUAACAUUCCAAAUUUCUUUUUAA